AUGUCCUACAACGAGUACGGCUCCAACAACGAACGGUCCGAGUACGGCGGCGGCGGUCGAGGCGGAAACAACUACUACGACCAGUCCAACGACUUCUCAGGCCGCAACGAGGGUCAGGGUUACGGCCGUGAGGAGCAAGGCCAGGGCUACGGCCGCAAUGAAGGUCAGGGAUACGGCCGCAACGAAGGCCAAGGAUACGGUGGCCGUGAGGAGCAGGGCCAGGGCUAUGGUCGUGAGGAACAGGGCCAGGGCUACGGCAACCAAGGCCAGCACGGCCACCAAAACCAAGGCCAGCAAGAGUACCGCGACACGCGCUACCAAGGCUCGGAGCCCUACUCCGGCGGCGACGAUUUCUCCUCCGCGGCCCAACACGCCUCGCAACACGACAGCGGCAACAGCGACCUAUUCUCCAACGCGCUCUCUUUCAUCCAGGGCCGCGCUUCCUCCGCUGGCUCGGGUGAGAUCGACGAGCGUCACGCUGUGCAGGCUCACCAGGCUAUGUACAAUGGUGGCAAUGACGAGGGACAGACUCAUGACUCGAGCACUGUUGGUGCGGGUGCUGCUAUGCAGGCUUUGAAGAUGUUUACUGGCGGUGGAAGUAGUGAUGGGGGUAUGGAUAAGAAUAAGCUGAUUGGGAUGGCUAUGUCUCAGGCUGGGAAGCUGUGGGAUGAGAAAUCUGGUAAUGGGGCUAAUAUGUCCGGUGACAAGCAGUCUGCUAUCAACAAUGCUGCUGAGAUGGCUUUGAAGAUGUAUAUGAAGAGUGGUGGUGGUAUUGGUGGUACUGGUGGUGCCGGUGGCCUCAUGAGCCUGGCUAGCAAGUUCCUGUCCUAG